AUGGGUCCCUUUUCCAAAGUUUUUUUUUACCCAUGGACCCUUUUUCCCCUCUUAUUUAUUUUUUUUACCCAUGGACGCAUUUCCCUUCUUUUCUUUACCUAUGUACCACAUUUCCCAUCUUUCUUUACCAUGGACGCCUUUCCCCUUCUAUUUUUCACCCAUGGACGCCUAUCCCUUUCUUUUUUUACCCAUGGACGCCUUUUCCCUUCUUUUUUUACCCAUGGACGCCUUUUCCCUUCUUUUUUUACCCAUAGACUCCUUGUCCCUUCUUUUUUUGCCCAUGGACGACGUUUCUUAUCAUUUUUACCCAUGGGUCUCUUUUCCCUUCUUUUCUUUUACCCCUGGGCCCAUUUUUCCUUCUUUUUGUUACCCAUGGACGACAUUUCCCUUCUUUCUUUAACCCAUGGGCUCCUUCUCCCUUCUUUUUUUACACCUAGACGCCUUUUCCCUUCUUUUUUUUACCCAUAG